AUGAACUCUGAUAUCACCAAAAUCACAAAUCUAGUAUCAAAUCAGUUGAAAUUAGUGGAUGAAACUGUCAUCAAGAACGAUCACUUUGAUUGGAACAGAAUUAAGCGAACACCUCAGUAUUUCAAACAAAAGAUCAAAUACAAUGGCGGUUCUUACACAAUUGAUGAAGAAUUCAAUGACUUAGAACAACAGUUCAUUCAUUAUGAAAGAACUAUUAAAUCAUUGCUCAAGCAUUCAAAAGUGCUGCUUGAUAGUUUGAUUGAACUUCCCGAAUGUUCAAUUGGCAUUGGUGAAUCAUUUCAGAAUCUAAUUGAUCCUUAUAAUAAUUUUGUGUCGGGGGGAUCUGUGAUUGAAAAAGAAUAUGAAUCUUGGAAUAAAGUUUCUAAAUACAAGAAGUUGAUCAAAGAUAUAAAUAUUGAUGGUGAGAUAAAUGAUAUUUCAAAAAUCAUUGAACUGAAAUUAGAGGAGUGUUUAAGGGUAUUUAAAACUGUACAAAAGAAAUUUAAGACUCGAGAAUUUGCCCUAUUAGAUUAUGACAAGGUCUAUAACGACUUGGAAACCUUGAUUAUUAAGCAAGAGCAAGGAGAGCUUACAUUGAAGCAAAAUAAUCAGUUGUUUUGUUUAAAGAGGAGAUUGGAAGAAAACAAACUUAAAUAUGAAGAUAUCAAUCAAGUGCUAAAGAGGGAGCUACCAACUUUUUUAGAAUUGGCCAAACAGAUUAUUGCUCCUGUUCAAGCUAUGACUUAUUAUAUCAAUUUACAAUUUAGUUAUGAAAUUUUUAAUGAAACAAAAAAGCUAUUCCCUGUUGAAUCGAUCCUGGAUAUAACAAGUCACUUCUUUACUCAAAAUGAUCCUGUAAUGGAAUCUAUUGAAAAGUUUUCUGUGCUUACAAAAGUCAAUACUGACCUUAAACAACAAUAUGUUCAAGCUAUGUUUAGUUUUCGUGCUCAAGAAUCAACCGAUUUAUCUAUUCGUAAAGGAGAUAGAAUUAAAUUGUUACAAGAGGAUGGUGAAUGGUGGAAAGGUGAAUUGAAUGGUAAAAUUGGAAAUUUUCCUGCCAAUUAUGUUAAAAAAGUCUAA